GCCCUCACUCGACCUGGCGGCUGGCCUCGGGGCGGACCGCGGGUCCCUGGUGGCCGGACCGAUUCGCGCCUGGCGGAUGAGCCCGGCGCGCCCAGAGCAGCCCCCGCGCCGCCGCUGGGCCGUGGGGCCGUCGGGCCGCCAGGGAAGCGCCAGCCGGGACCAGGCUGCCCAGAUGCGGGCGCCACUCUGCCUGCUUCUGCUCGUCGCCCAUGCCGUGGACAUGCUGGCCCUGAACCGAAGGAAGAAGCAAGUGGGCACUGGCCUGGGGGGCAACUGCACAGGCUGUAUCAUUUGCUCAGAGGAGAACGGCUGUUCCACCUGCCAGCAGAGGCUCUUCCUGUUCAUCCGCCGGGAAGGCAUCCGUCAGUACGGCAAGUGCCUGCACGACUGUCCCCCUGGCUACUUCGGCAUCCGCGGCCAGGAGGUCAACAGGUGCAAAAAAUGUGGGGCCACUUGUGAGAGCUGCUUCAGCCAGGACUUCUGCAUCCGGUGCAAGAGGCAGUUUUACUUGUACAAGGGGAAGUGUCUGCCCACCUGCCCGCCAGGCACUUUGGCCCACCAGAACACACGGGAGUGCCAGGGGGAAUGUGAACUGGGUCCCUGGGGUGGCUGGAGCCCCUGCACACACAACGGAAAGAUCUGUGGCUCUGCUUGGGGCCUGGAGACCCGGGUACGAGAGGCUGGCCGGGCUGGGCACGAGGAGACAGCCACCUGCCAGGUGCUGUCGGAGUCAAGGAAAUGUCCCAUCCAGAGGCCCUGCCCAGGAGAGAGGAAUCCCGGCCAGAAGAAGGGCAGGAGGGACCGGCGCCCCCGCAAGGACAGGAAGCUGGACCGCGGGCUGGACGUGAGGCCGCACCAGCCCGACCUGCAGCCCUGACCACAGCUCUCCCAGCCUCUGGUCCUAGUCGUCGGCCCCUGCACACCUCCUCCUGCUCCUCCUCUUCCUCCUCCUCUUGCCCCUCCUCCUCCUCCUUCUCCUCCUCCUUCUCCUCCUCUGCCCCUCCUCCUCCUCCUGCUCCUCUCGCUCCUCCACCUCCUGCCCCUCCUGCUCCUCCUCCUCCUGCCCCUCCUCCUCCUUCUCCUCCUCUGCUCCUCCUCCUCCUCUUGCCCCUCCUCCUCCUUCUCCUCCUCUGCCCCUCCUCCUCCUGCCCCUCCUCCUCCUGCCCCUCCUCCUCCUGCCCCUCCUCCUCCUCCUGCCCCUCCUCCUCCUGCCCCUCCUCCUCCUUCUCCUCCUGCCCCUCCUCCUCCUCCUGCCCCUCCUUCUCCUCCUCCUCCUGCCCCUCUUCUUCCUCCUCCUCCUCCUCCUCCUGCCCCUCCUCCUCCUCCUGCCCCUCCUUCUCCUCCUCCUCCUGCCCCUCCUUCUCCUCCUCCUCCUGCCCCUCCUCCUCCUCCUCCCCUCCUUCUCCUCCUCCUCCUGCCCCUCCUCCUCCUCCUGCCCCUCCUCCUCCUUCUCCUCCUGCCCCUCCUCCUCCUCCUGCCCCUCCUUCUCCUCCUCCUCCUGCCCCUCUUCUUCCUCCUCCUCCUCCUCCUCCUGCCCCUCCUCCUCCUCCUGCCCCUCCUUCUCCUCCUCCUCCUGCCCCUCCUUCUCCUCCUCCUCCUGCCCCUCCUUCUCCUCCUGCCCCUCCUUCUCCUCCUCCUCCUGCCCCUCCUCCUCCUCCUGCCCCUCCUCCUCCUCCUGCCCCUCCUCCUCCUCCUGCCCCUCCUCCUCCAUCUUCUCCAUUUGCCCUCUCUUCUCCCCACCCUUCUUUCAUUUUUCCUUGUUGGUCUACCUUCCACUUUUCUUUCUUCUUUAUUUCCUUUAUUUCUUCCACCCCAGUUCUCCUCUCCUUCUCCCUCCCUCCCUCUUCUCGCUUAUCUUUUAUCUGUCUUUUUCAUUCUUCCUGUGUUUCUUCCUGUCCUUCACUGCCUCCUUCUCUCUCCCUCCUCUUCUCUCCUCUCUCUCACACACACUUAAAGAGACACCAUGAGCCUGGGUCCUCCCCUGCAGCUCUCUCUCUCUCUACUCCUUAAAGAAAGCAAACACCUUUUCCCAGGCCUUUCCCUGACCCCAUCUUUGCAGAGAAAGGGUUUCCAGAGGGCAAAGCCUGGGCCACAGCACAGGUGAGUCCUGAGGGCCCUGCCUAUGCUCAGGGGAAGGGGCUCCAGAACCCUGAGCUGUGAGCACCUGGUUCUCUGGACAGUCCCCAGAGGCCAUUUCCACAGCCUUCAGCCAUGAGCUACCCCAAGGAGCUGGCUGGACAAGGCUCCAGGGCUUCUAGAGUCCUGGCCUGGCCACCUCCCCCAGCUGGCCGUGGAGGGCCACAACCUGGCCUCUGCUGGGCAGCCAGCCCUGGGCCAGCCAGGUCAUCCUCUGCAAGCUACCUGCCACCCCCAUCAGCCCUCCCUGCACAGGCCUCCCUCUCACAGGUCCCAUGCCCCUUUUUCCCAAGCUGGAUCAGGUAGGCUGUCACUGCUGGAGGAUCCACCCACCCAGCCCAGAAGAGGCCAUUGAAACUGAAAGGAACACUGAGAUUGUCCAGCAGCUCCGUUCCCCACCUCAUCACUCCUGCUCACAUGGGGAGACAGGCCUGAGAAGGAAGGGGCAUGCCUAGCGUCACAAAGGAAACCUCAGGCUCUGCUUCUGCCUGAGACUCUGCUCAGCACACCCACGGCUGAGAGGAGACAUUGGGGGUCAUGUGGUGUGGGGGGGCGGGGAUGUAGGGAAUUGUGGGUUGGGAGCACGGGAAGAUCCCUGCACCCACUACCAGGUUUCCUGAAUCUGUGCUUCCUGUGACGCCCCUCGCCCUGGGCAGGAACGAUGCUGGGAGGAGUCUCCAGGUCAGACCCAGCUUGGAAGCAAGUCCGUCCUCACUGCCUGUCCUUCUGCCAUGUAACACCCGCUUCCUGCUCUGCUCCUGGAAUCCUCAGGAAGGGGAUUUGUGUUUGCCAUGACCAGCUAGCCUGAAGGCAUAGGACUCCGUAGCCCAGACAGGAAUGAGCAGGAGAAACAAGAGUCGGGUGGCCUGGGGAAGGAAGGUGGUCAGCAGGCUGGGGAGAGCCUCUAGGUGAUGAAACAUUACCCCCCACCCACCCCAAGAGAGUGUCCACCCUCAGAGCUGCCUUCUACCUGACUGCAAAAUGCCCACCCUCUCCCUGACUUCCCUCCCCUCACCUCCCUGAGAACAGCUAGAGCCCCCUCCUUCACCUGGCCAGGCCACCAGCUUCUCUUCUGCAAAUAUUUGUGUCUCUAAAAUGCUCCAUUUUUAUUGUUUCAAGACCCUAACAUUUUUAAAAAAAAUUUUAAUAAAGGGAAAAGAAACUUGCAAAUGUUUCUUAAGCAUCAACUGUGA